AUGGACUUCCAACCAGGUGAACUCUGUGCUUACUACCGCCUUUGCCGAUAUCUAGGGAUAUUCUGUAUUGAUUAUAAUCCCACUAAAAAGAAAUUCCGACUGCGGCGCAGUGUUCUCUGUUACAUAGUUCAUUUUGCCUUGCAAGCCUACUUAGUUGGUUGCAUCUCCGUCAUGGUCACAUAUUGGCGUAGGUGCUUCAAAAGCGAGCUUACCACGACUGGAAACCACUUCGACCGUCUUGUAAUGGUAAUUGCCCUUGGUAUUCUGGUUGUCCAGAAUGCGUGGCUCAUCUGGCUGCAAGCCCCACACCUACGAAUUGUCAGGCAAAUAGAGUUUUAUCGAAGGAAUCACUUGGCUAAUGUUCGACUGCUCCUCCCCAAACGUCUGCUUUGGCUAAUUAUUGCAACCAAUGUUGUCUACAUGGCUAACUUCAUUAAGACGUGCAUAUUCGAAUGGCUGACGGAUGCUUCUCGACUUUUUGUCAUUACCUCCUUGGGAUUUCCUUUACGAUAUCUGGUUACUAGCUUUACAAUGGGCACAUAUUUUUGCAUGGUGCAUAUUGUACGCCUGGUGCUCGACUGGAAUCAGUCGCAGAUUAACGCGAUAAUAGAUGAAUCGGCAGACCUCAAAAUGACUAGCCCCAAUCGUCUGCGUUUACGUGUAUGCCUGGAGAUGCACGAUCGCCUGAUGCUGCUCUGCAAUGAUGAGAUCAGUCUUGUCUACGGGUUUAUAGCCUGGCUGUCUUGGAUGUUUGCCUCGCUUGAUGUAACUGGCGUAAUUUAUCUGACUAUGGUUAUUCAAACUAAAAAAUCAAUCGUUCUAAAAUUGAUAACAAACGUAGUGUGGCUUUCGCCAACUUUUAUGACGUGCGCCGCUAGCUUCAUGAGUAACCGUGUUACUAUUCAGGCAAAUAAAACAGCAAAGAUGCUGACAAAAGUACCCCGAACCGGGACUGGGUUGGAUAGAAUGAUUGAAAAAUUCUUACUCAAGAACCUUCGACAGAAGCCCAUUUUAACCGCUUAUGGAUUUUUCGCUCUGGAUAAAAGUACUUUGUUUAAGCUAUUUACUGCAAUCUUCACGUAUAUGGUUAUUCUGGUCCAAUUCAAGGAGAUGGAAAAUUCCACAAAGUCUAUUAAUAAAUUUUGA